AUGGAUGUGACUGGGACCGAUCCUCGAACUCGAACGGGCCUUUUCCUCUGGCCAUGGGCCACCACUGGUUACCCCAACAUGACCUCUUCCUCCUCUACUGGGAAUGUCCAGUCCACUCCACCGCUGGGAUUAUCUUCCCCUGGUGCUGGAGGAUCCUUCGAACAGGGUCUACAGCUUCAACACCAACAUCAGCAACAGCAGCAGGCUCAACAGCACCAGGAAAGUUCGUUGGAAUCAUUUUACUCCAGGCUGCCAUAUUCCACGGGCAGUGCGGUGCCAUCUUUGCAGCAAAUGCAGCAGCAUCAGCGUCAGCAACGUGAGGCAGCAGCUGCCGCAGCAGCAGCAGCGGUAGCUGUUUCGGAAAUGCAGGGUCAGCAACAAGGAGGAGGUGGUAGAAUGUCGGGUUUGGGACCGGUUUCUCAAGGGCCGCCUCCUCCUCCACCACCCCCACCGCCGCCUCCUCCUCCACCGUUCGAUCAACGUGCGGCGCUAAUGAACGGACGUCAACAACAGCAACCAACAAUCAAUUCAGCUAGUUCUUCUCCCCUCAAUAGUAGUGCCUAUCACAAUCCCUCAUUAUCCCCAACAUCCCAACAACAGCAACAACAGCACCAACAGCAAUUCCAACGACACUACUCCUCCACUGGAAGCCUUCACAGCGCCGCUGGUGUUGGUGCUACAGGAUCAUCUGCUUCACCCCUGGAUGGACGAAUUUCGUCUAGUGCCUCACCUUCGGUUAGUUCAGCUGCUCCCUCCUACUGCCUCAAACGACCCUCAAAUGAGUUCAAUUCUGCAACAGCAAUGGCAUUAGCCUUGCAAGCAGUGGCAAAGGGUGAUCGGCAAAUGCCACCGCCGGCCCCAUCAUUAUCCAUGCACAUAUCUUCUUCCUCAGCAACUUCCACACCAACUGUGGACCAUCUACAAGGAGGUGGGGGUGGUGGCGACGUGUUUUCCUCCAUGAAUUCCACAAAUUAUCUUUUUCAACCGUCAGUGUCGAAAGGACCAGGUGGCGGUAUUCAUGGACGCGGUUCCUCAGAGGCAGCUGCUAUGGCUGCGGCUAUGGCAGCACAAGCAGCCCGCGAUGUUGCUAAUGAAAUGGUUAUGGAUCCACGUGCUGCUGGUGCUCAUCCUCUUAGCAGUUUGCAUGCUGCUGGUGGAUUUCUGCCCGACUUCCUGUCCUCCUCUUCCUCCUCUGCUGCCGCUGCAGCUGCAGCUAUGGGAGAAACAAAACUGGAUCCAUCUGGUGGCGUUGGACUUCGUGGAAGUGUCGGUGGAGGCAUUGGACCCUUCGAUGGACCCCCGACAAUGAGUGGUGGCCUCGGGAUGAUGGAUGGUCUGCCGGGAAUUUAUGGACAUGCCGCAAAGGGUUAUAAAUGCAAAAUUUGUCAACAUGUGAGUGCGAAAUUGGAUAAGAUGGUUUUUAAAUGUCUUUGCAAGCAAUAG